ACCAGUCAUCACAUUCCUGCUAGCCUUUGUACAUGAAUACAAACAAACCCUUAAACCCCAUAUAAACCUGACUUGUCCCCUUUCUCUUCCCACCUCAUUUCCACUCUCUCCUUGAUCCUAUUUUGUUUUCACUCUCUACAACUUCAAUGGCAGACCCUUCAAUGUACAACUUCUUCAACCAGCCUUCUUCAGCUUCAAAACCCACCAAGAAACAUCCCCAAAGAGCUUCACCAUCUGCUCCUCCAAGGCUUUUCCCAUGCCUUUACUGUCCAAGGAAGUUCUACACUUCCCAAGCUCUUGGUGGUCACCAAAAUGUUCACAAGCGUGAACGAGCCGCAUCUCGAAGGAAGUUCCCUAGUGAUCAUGAUCAGAACCCACAAUACAACCUCCACCAACAGAUUAACCCUUUUUCUAGCUUCCCUACUAAGCCAGAACCUAAGGACCAUCCUGGUGCACCAUCUCUUGACCAGUGGCUCGAGCCCUUCCAAUCCCACCUUCCAUCUGCUCGCUUCGUUCCUCAUCAGGGUUUCACUGGUGUUUCUUCUCCUGAGACUUUCUCUCCAACCGCUGAUGUUGAUGACUCUGCAAAUGUUGAUCUCACUCUCCGUUUAUAAAGCAACUUUCUUGCUUUUUAUCUCUUCAUUUCGUUGUUCUUUGUCUUUCUUUCUCUUUUGAGAGGUAACAAAUGUUACUUUUUGGUGGGUUUCUUAUCCUCCAAGUAGGCUUAGCUGAGAAUGAAACAAAGAAGAGGUUGUGAGGGUUGUUACUUGUUAGGGUUUAAAGGGUUUUAAAAGUUUCAUCUCUGAGUUCAAUGUUUUGUUUAAGAUUUGGUACUAUUUUCUAAAUGGAUAUCUGAAUCAUGUUUUCUUGAGUUACAGUUGUGAUGUUGAUGAUUUUUAGUCUCUUUGUUGAUA